UUUGGUCCGUGUUGCAUGUGGUUGCGUGUAUCUAUGUUUUUUUGUGAUUGAUCUGUUAACAAAAUAUAUAAAAGUUGUUUUGGGACGAAUAACAUGAAAGUAAUGUCUCACCACUAUGUAGUUACGGCACACAAGCCGACGGCUGUCACCGCAUGUGUGACAGGUAAUUUCACCUCACCUACGGAUCUGAACCUUAUUUUGGCGAAGAAUGUCCGAUUAGAAAUUUACCUCGUUACCCCAGAAGGUUUAAGACCACUGAAAGAGGUUGGAAUGUAUGGAAAAAUCGCAGUCGUUAAAUUUUUUAGACCGCCGCAUGAGAAGAAAGAUCUUUUGUUUGUCUUAACCACACGUUACAAUGCUAUGAUUUUGGAAUGUAUGGGAGAAGGAGAGGAUAUAGAAAUUAUGACAAAAGCACAUGGAAAUGUAGCAGACCGUAUUGGGAAAGCUUCUGAGACAGGAAUUAAAGCUGUAAUUGAUCCCAAAGCACGUGUAAUCGGUCUUCGAUUAUACGAUGGUCUUUUUAAAAUCAUACCUCUUGACAAGGACAAUCCAGAAUUAAAAGCAUCAUCUAUACGUAUGGAUGAACAACAAGUACAAGAUGUAAAUUUUCUUCAUGGCUGUGCCAAUCCUACUUUAAUUUUAAUUCAUCAAGAUAUUAAUGGGAGGCAUGUCAAGACACAUGAAAUUUCUUUGAGAGAUAAGGAAUUUGUUAAAAUACCUUGGCGACAGGAUAAUGUAGAGCGUGAAGCCAUGAUGGUCAUUCCUGUACCCUCCCCCAUUUGUGGUGCAAUCAUAAUUGGGCAAGAAAGUAUAUUAUAUCAUGAUGGAACCACGUACGUUGCUGUUGUACCUCCAAUCAUUAAACAGAGCACAAUUACAUGCUAUGCUAAAGUUGAUAACCAAGGACUCAGAUAUUUAUUAGGAGAUAUGGCCGGACAUUUAUUUAUGUUGUUCUUAGAACAAGAAAAGAAGCCAGAUGGUACACAAGUAGUGAAAGACUUAAAAGUUGAGCUCUUAGGAGAAAUCAGUAUACCAGAAUGCAUUACAUACCUAGACAAUGGAGUAAUAUUCGUUGGUAGUCGUUUAGGUGAUUCUCAAUUAAUUAAAUUAAUUACAAAAGCAGAUGAAAAUGGUUCAUAUUGUGUUCCAAUGGAAACUUUUACCAACUUAGCGCCGAUAGUUGACAUGGCUGUAGUUGACCUUGAAAGACAGGGCCAGGGACAGAUGGUCACAUGCUCUGGAGCUUUUAAAGAAGGUUCUCUCAGAAUUAUCAGAAAUGGAAUUGGUAUUGAAGAACAUGCAAGUAUAGAUUUACCUGGCAUCAAGGGUAUGUGGGCGCUUAAAGUCGGCGGUGGCAAUUUUGACAAUACCCUAGUUUUAUCUUUUGUGGGACAAACUAGAAUUUUGAUGUUGAAUGGAGAAGAAGUCGAAGAAACAGAUAUCCCAGGCUUUGUCGCGGAUGAGCAAACUUUCCAUACUGGAAAUGUUACAAACGAUUUAUUUAUUCAGAUAACACCUACAUCUGCCAGGUUGAUUUCGCACGAUACAAAGACUGUUGUUUCCGAGUGGGAACCAGAAAAUAAAAGAACAAUCAGUGUAGUUGCUUGCAAUGGUACACAAGUACUUUGCGCUACCGGAAAUGAUUUAUUUUACAUGGAAAUUUCUGGUGGACAGAUCUUACCAAAAGGAUUUGCUACUCUACAGUAUGAAGUUGCGUGUUUAGAUUUAUCCCCACUGGAUGGGAAUACCGAGGCAGUAAUUGCUGCAGUAGGUUUAUGGACAGAUAUUUCUGUCCGUGUACUAACUCUGCCUGCUCUGGAAGAAAUCAAUAAAGAAUUACUUGGAGGCGAAAUUAUACCUAGAUCUAUUCUAAUGACAUGUUUUGAAGGCAAUACAUAUCUUCUUUGCGCUCUCGGAGAUGGCAGUAUGUAUUACUUCACUUUACAUAAACAGAGCGGUAUACUGUCAGAUAAAAAAAAAGUUACCUUAGGUACACAACCAACAGUUUUAAGAACUUUCAGAUCGCUGUCUACCACUAACGUUUUUGCAUGUUCUGAUCGACCUACUGUGAUCUAUUCGUCUAAUCAUAAACUAGUAUUCAGCAAUGUUAACUUGAAAGAAGUAAAUCACAUGUGUUCUUUGAAUGCAGAAUCAUAUCCUGAUAGUUUAGCAUUAGCGACUGAUAGUACAGUGACAAUAGGAACGAUCGAUGAAAUACAAAAAUUGCACAUUCGAACUGUUCCUCUUGGAGAAUCACCAAGACGAAUUACUUAUCAAGAGAGCUCUCAAACAUUUGGGGUAAUAACAAUGCGCGUUGAUAUCCAAGAUAGUAGCAGUGUUAGCAUUGUAAGGCAUUCUGCAUCUACACAAGCAGCUUCUACAUCUAGUAAUAGUCACAUUGCAUCGCAUAAUAAACCUACAGGUCAUACAGCUAGCGAUAUUGGUCAAGAAAUCGAAGUACAUAAUUUACUCAUUAUAGAUCAACAUACUUUCGAAGUUUUACAUGCACAUAUGUUAAUGCCUAGCGAGUACGCGUUGUCGUUGAUAUCAACCAAGUUAGGCGAAGACCCCACUUUUUAUUAUGUGGUUGGUACUGCUUUCAUUAAUCCGGAUGAAAGUGAACCACAAAUGGGUAGAAUACUCCUAUAUCAUUGGAACGAUGGAAAGCUCACGCAAGUUGCCGAAAAAGAGAUCAAAGGAUCGUGUUAUUCUUUAAUCGAAUUUAAUGGAAAACUUCUCGCUAGUAUUAAUAGUACCGUUCGUUUAUUCGAAUGGACUGCAGAGAAAGAGCUCAGGCUGGAAUGUAGUCAUUUCAAUAACAUUAUUGCUCUGUAUUUAAAAACAAAAGGAGACUUCGUUUUGGUUGGAGAUCUUAUGAGGUCUCUUACAUUGUUACAAUAUAAAACGAUGGAAGGUAGUUUUGAAGAAAUAGCAAGAGAUUACAAUCCAAACUGGAUGACUGCUGUUGAAAUAUUAGAUGAUGACACUUUCUUGGGCGCUGAAAACUGUUUUAAUUUAUUUGUGUGUCAGAAAGAUAGUGCUUCAACUUCAGAAGAUGAAAGACAACAAAUGCAGGAAGUUGGACAAUUUCAUUUAGGUGAUAUGGUCAAUGUCUUCCGGCAUGGGUCUUUAGUAAUGCAAAAUUUAGGCGAAUCAAGUACACCCACACAGGGUUGCGUGUUAUUUGGAACUGUUAGUGGUGCAAUUGGUCUAGUUACACAAAUUCCAUUCACAUUUUACGAAUUUCUACGAAAUCUCGAGGACAGAUUAACAAGCGUAAUUAAAAGCGUUGGUAAAAUAGAACACAACUUUUGGAGAAGUUUUAAUACCGAAUUAAAAAUUGAACAAAGUGAAGGUUUCAUAGAUGGAGACUUAAUCGAAAGUUUCCUUGACUUGAGUCCCGAUAAAAUGGCAGAAGUUGCGAUGGGUCUUAUGAUUGAUGAUGGUACCGGAAUGAAAAAGGAAGCAACGGUAGAUGAUCUUGUAAAAAUAGUGGAGGAUCUUACAAGAAUACAUUAAACAUAUAUAUAUAUAUAUUUGGCUGCUGUGUAUAGUUUAUUAUAUUUUGGAGAGUUCAUUGACGUAUGAAUUAAUAAGGAAGUCUUAAAUAUUUGGAAAUAAAGUAAAAAAAAUGUACAUACAA